UACUUUAGUCAAUCCUCUCUGCCGGGGAGCCUCUCCUACGAAUGACGCCCUCCAACAGUUGAAUUUGUAAUGUCAAUAAUUGAUCUUCAAACAAAAUAAAAAAGCUUCGUUUUGGAUUAUUAAAACUUUCAUAUAAACAAAAUAAGAUCGAACAGAAUGUCUGGACCAAUGGUGUUAUGCCAGCUGUGGAUGGGAGGGUUGGCGCCGUACAUGACAGAGAGUUUUAUUAUGAACGCAUUUCACAAAAUGGGAGAGCAACCCCAAACAGUUAAAGUAAUGAGGAAUCGCUAUACAGGGGAACCAGCAGGCUAUUGCUUUGUGCACUUUCCCACAGAUGAGAUGGCCCUCGAUGCCAUGCACAAAUUGAAUGGAAAAGUCAUUCCAGGGUCCAAUCCAGCUAUUAGAUUCCGACUGAAUAAUGCCAGUACCACGGGAAAGCCAGCAGCAGACCGAGAAUUCAGUAUUUGGGUUGGGGAUUUAUCAACUGACAUCGAUGAUUACUCUCUUUACCGAGCCUUCGCCGCGAAAUAUAAUUCAAUCAGAACAGCUAAAGUUAUCCUGGACAGUUCUGGAUUCAGCAAAGGAUAUGGAUUCGUCAGAUUUGCCAAUGAGGAGGAGCAGGAAAAUAGUCUGGUGACAAUGAAUGGAUACAGAGGACUCGGUACAAAGGCCUUGAAGAUCUGUAAUGCUGUGCCUAGACCCUGGAGCAAAUUGGCAGUGUCGACUCCUCCUCAAAUGUCUUCGGAGUACUCCUCAACAAGCGUUAGCAGUGAUUCCUAUAAUUAUUACGAUACUUCUUCCUACUGGAAUAGCUACAGUGCGUGGCAGCAGGGUUACUACGAGAGUGAACCCACUUCUGAUAACUAUAGUAAUUAUGUUUCUGAACCGAAACCUGAGGAGGAUGAUUUAGAACUCAUUGAACAUUCGAUACCAGUGGACAUAGACAAGCUUAACAGGGACAUAAUCGAGCAGGAUUACAACAUGUGGGACGCCCUAGAGAGCUCGAAGUGGAUUCCAUGUGAUACCCUUGAACUGUGCUACUGAACAAUACCUCCAUAAACGAAUAACUUCCAAAAAUUAAUACAAUAUAUUUGUAUUAGUUUGAAUUAAGAGUAUGAAUUUCUGAAGUAUUUAUUUCAUGAAAUAAAUGAUGACUUGUAAAUGAUUAA